CAGGGUGACCCACACAGGUCCGUAUUCUGCUGGAAAGCAACGAGUCAAGGUAACUGAACUGAACAACUGAAAAACAGGCAAGGCCAGCCUAAAAAACGACAAGCCGCCCUGGGUAUUUUAACUGAGAGAAAGGCGCACUGAUUAACCGAAAGCGAUCACUUUUGAUGAAGAAGUGAAGAAGUCCAGUUUUUGGAGAGACCAACGGAAUAUGAUUUGAGUCAACGAAAUCGAGAGAACUGUUGCGCGCUAACAGGAUGAAUCUCCGCUCUCUGGACACCGUUUAUGCUGUAGUCCUGCUCUGGGCUCUGUGCCCCAGGGUGAGGGGCCAGUGCGAUAAAUCACCUGACAGCUCCAUGCUCAACAUCUCGGUCACCUACAACCUCCCGACGUUCAUCGCCAACUCCACCAUCCAGAACCUAGUGACGCUGAGCGGAGUCAUUUACGUGGGGGCUGUCAACCGGAUCUACGCCCUUUCACCAAACCUUACAAAGCUGUCAGAGUACCGGACGGGACCGUUGUUUGCAAACGAGAGUUGUGACCAGCACAGCCCGGGCCACACUGGCAAGCUGGACAACCACAACCUCGCCCUGGUGGUGGAGACCAUUUAUGACAAGGGGCUGUUCAGCUGUGGCUCAGCAGACCACGGUGUUUGUCGGCGCCACGUGCUGGACGAUGGCGCCAGCCCGAAAACCGUAGCUGAAGAUGUCUAUUGCUUCGCUGACUACAGGUACAGACGCUUGCCUGGUGAGCAGAACCUUGUGGCCACGCCUGCAGGCUCCCAGGUGCUCAACGUGGAGAGCAACGUCAUCCAGUUCUUCGUUGGGAACUCUGAGAUCCCUGACUUGAAAAAUGAGUCCGGGACUUUCCCCCAGCUCCACACUUUGUCAGUGCGAAAGAUGAAGACGAGCCAGAACGGCUUCAUCGCCUUCUCUAACCGCUGGUAUCUCGAUCUGAUUCCUUCGCUUCGUGGAAACUACUACCUGCGCUACGUUUACUCGUUCCACAGUGGGCCCUUCACCUACUUUCUCACUAUCCAGCAGGUGAGCAGGGACUCACAGGCCUACCACACCCGUAUAGUCCGCAUGUGCUCCUCUGACCUGGAAAUUCGCCGCUAUGUGGAAAUGCCGCUUGAGUGUAUCUGCACCAGCAAGCGACGGCGACGCUCCACAGAGGGCUUGAAGGUGUUCAACGUCGUGCAGGCGGCCUACGUCACCAAGGUGGGCAACGACGUCAACCUGCAGAAGCAGUUGAAGGUGGAGGAGGGUGACGACGUGCUGUUUGCCGCCUUCGCCCAGAGCAAGCCGAACUCUCCGGAGCCCACCGCGAACUCAGCCAUCUGCGUCAUCUCGCUGAAGCACAUCAACAACUUGUUCAAGAGGUACAUGCAGACGUGCAACACGAGGGACCCCUUCCACUUCACCGGAUCAGACAAGAAGUCCUGCUACAAUGUGAGUUCGUCAGACGAGUGCGGCCUGCACGAGGGCGCUCGUGAGGGGAAAGAGAGCGAGUACCGCCUGGAAGUGACCCAGUUUGUCCAAAGGCUGGAGUAUUGGUCCAAGGAGCUGACCAACAUCUUGGUUACCUCCAUCACUGUGGCACAAGUCCAUGGCCGCACUGUGGCCUACCUGGGCACCGCUGAUGGACGCCACAUGCAGGUGCUGUUCUCCCGAAGCGCCUCCCCACAUGUCAACAUCCGCCUGGACACGAAGCCAGUUUCUGCCAGUGUGGUGCUACGGGACCCCAACCACCCUGAUGGAGCCCUGCUACUGGUCACAGGAAAUAAGAUCACUAAGGUUCCUCUGAUUGGCCCUGGCUGUGGUCAGCUGACAACCUGCACUUCCUGUCUGCUGUCGUCGGUGGUGACAGGGUGCGGCUGGUGUGACGGACGCUGCACCAGAGCGAACCAGUGUCCCUCCUCCUCCGUCUGGACCCAGGACUACUGCACCCCCGUCAUCACAAAGUUCUGGCCCACGUCUGGACCACUCCGAGGAUCGACAACGGUGACCAUUUGCGGACACAACUUCGGUUUCGACAAGACAGAGAGUUUCAAGGCCUCGCUGGUGACGGUGGAGGUGGCAGGAGCUACCUGCAGACUGUCCAGACAAGACCAGAUCAGCAGUUGGACUGAGCUGCAGUGUUUGCCGGCGUCCAAUGGGAACUUCACCGCAUCAGGACGCAUGGUGAAGGUCACCAGUGGCCACAAGGUAGCCAAGAUGGAGGGCUUCUCCUUUGUGGACCCAGUGAUCAGGGAGAUCUUUCCAGAGUUUGGACCCAAGUCUGGAGGCACCAUGCUGACCAUCAGAGGAGCCUUCCUGGACAGUGGAAACAAGAGAGAGGUGACAGUGGGGCAGGCCGUCUGUAGGAUCCAGAGUGUGUCAUCCAGCAUGCUGACCUGUAAGACCCCCCAGCACACUGAUCCGUCUAAGCAGCCGGUGAGGGUGACGAUUGAUUCGGUUCAGCGGCUUGCCCCCACGUCCUUCACCUACAACGAAGACCCCAUCAUCAACAGCAUCCAGCCUUCACGCUCCUUCAUCAGCGGAGGCUGCACAGUGUCGGCUCACGGCUUCUUCCUCCAGUCUGGCCUCCAGCCCCAGAUGGUCCUCACCGCCGCUCACGAUUCUGUGGUCUUCCAUGUGAGCUGUGUGUAUGGUGAGAACAGGUCAUCCAUCCAGUGCACCACACCCUCGCUUGCCAAACUGGCCCUGCAGCCACCCAUCGUCACCAAGGUGGCCUUUGUCCUGGACGGCUUCUCCACGCAACAAUGGGACCUGAUCUAUGUGGAGGACCCGCUCUUCCAGGACCCCAAGCUAACCUCCAAGGACAACAAGAGCAUCGUGGAGCUGAGGGGCGAUCGAAUGGACCGCGAGGCGAUGAAGUGUCAGGUCCUGACUGUGUCCAACCACAGCUGUGAGAGUCUGACUCUGGUAGGAAACACUCUGGAGUGCACUGUUCCCACCGAGCUGCAGGCCACCGCCGCCAAGGAGCUGCAGGUGGAGUGGCGCCAGGCGGACAGCAUCAGACACCUGGGCAAGGUGACGCUGGCACAGGAGCAGGACUACACGGGCCUCAUCGUGGGCUGCAUCCUGGUCAGCCUGCUGCUGCUGCUGCUGGGACUGCUGCUCAUGUGGAAGAAGAACAAACACAUCGACGAUCUGUCUGAGGUGUGGUAUGAUGGCCGGGCUCACAUCCAGCAUCUGGACAGGCUGGCUAAUGCGAGGAGCGUCAGCCCCACUAAUGAAAUGGUCUCCCACGAGUCUGUGGACUAUAGAACAACUCUGCUGGAGGACCAGGGCGGCGACAGGCCUGAGACAUGCCGGGGGGCUCCUCCGAUCUAUGGGGGCAACGGGGAGCUGCUGACUUCCAGGUUGGGGGUGCUGGGAGGUGGGAUGGGGAUGGGUCUUGGUGCAGAGGGUGAGCUGGUGUCGCCCCUGCUGAUGGCCCCGGUCCACAUUGACCCAUCCUGCCUGCACCCGGACCUGCUGAAGGAGGUGCAGCAUGUGGUGAUAGCCAGAGAGCAGCUACUGCUCCACCUCAACCAGGUCAUCGGCAGAGGUCACUUUGGCUGUGUUUUCCAUGGAACUCUGCUAGAGGCAGAUGGGCAGAAGCAACACUGUGCUGUCAAGUCCCUUAACCGCAUCACUGACCUUGAGGAGGUGUCCCAGUUCCUGAAAGAGGGGAUCAUCAUGAAGGACUUCAGCCACCCCAACGUUUUGUCUCUGCUGGGGAUCUGCCUGCCACCAGAGGGCUCACCGUUGGUGGUUCUGCCCUACAUGAAGCACGGUGACCUGCGCAACUUCAUCCGCGAUGAGGGACAUAACCCGACGGUGAAGGACCUGAUGGGCUUCGGGCUCCAGGUGGCCAGAGGAAUGGAGUACCUGGCCAGCAAGAAGUUUGUUCAUCGAGACCUGGCCGCCAGGAACUGCAUGCUGGACGAGAGCUACACGGUGAAGGUGGCGGACUUUGGCCUGGCCAGGGAUGUCUACGAUAAAGAAUACUACAGCGUCCACAACAAAAGCGGUGUCAAGCUGCCAGUCAAGUGGAUGGCUCUGGAGAGUCUGCAGACACACAAGUUUACGCCGAAGUCAGAUGUGUGGUCGUUUGGCGUGUUGCUAUGGGAACUGAUGACCCGCGGAGCCCCGCCCUACUCUGAUGUGAACUCUUUUGACAUCACCGUGUUCCUCCUGCAGGGGAGGAGGCUGCUGCAGCCUGAGUUCUGCCCCGACGCACUCUACACGGUGAUGAUCGAGUGCUGGCACCCCAAGCCCGAGAGGCGGCCCUCCUUCUCAGAGCUGGUGUCACGCAUCUCCGCCAUCUUCUCCAGUUUCAGCGGCGAGCACUACGUCCUGCUCAACACCACCUACGUCAACAUCGACAAGAUGAGCCCCUACCCCUCCCUCCUCUCCUCCACCUCCUCCUCGUCCUCGUCCUCCGCCCCCUCCACCUCCGCCUCGCUGCCCUCCCCCUCGCACAUUGGCCACCUGGAGCAAGACUGCUGCACCUGAGGUUGGGGAAAUAGAUUGAGGGAAGGACAGAGGGAGACCAAAAGACUCAGAGAGAGAGAGAGAGAGAGAGAAAGAGCAAUGAAGACUCGCGGAGCGGCGUAGGAACUACUGUAUGUACUUGCCAAACACUGGACGUUGUAUGCCGAGGAAAACUAAGACAGUCGACUAAUGGCUCAAUGUACAUAGACCGACCUUUGACUUUCUCAAGCAUCGACGAAUGACUGGGGCCUACACAGGGCUGACCUUAUCGACGUCAUCCUCCGCUUCAAAAAGAAACACUCGCCGACUUUAUCUGACCUUUCGUUGACCCCGGGGAGCUUGAGGUCAGCCCUCCUGCGUCUUCUACAAGGCAAUUACAAGGCCCAGGAACGCCUCCUCAAAGAUUCCCAACAGACAAAGCCACAGUCGCACAAGCACAAUGCCACCACUCCAACACCCGAGCGUCUCGGUGACCGCUGCGCUCACGUAAAGACGGCGUCACAGUGGAGGGGCCGGGGUGGACAUUUCAUAUUUCCGUUCGCUGGGUGGCAUGUGCUUUGAUACGCGGAUGUGGCUCGGGUGUUUUUCGCUGUCCGGUGACAUUAAUGUGAAUGUUCGACAAAUGGCCAUGCAUUGUGUUGUGUAGAUAAAUGUCACACCUCCGCGCUCAACUCACCGCUGAAUGCCACCCUCGCACGCCCCGCUCCUGCACUAAGAGCGAAUGAAGCCUGCUUUGUUAUUAAGCUAGAUUUUGAUGGCCCCAGGUGAGUAAACCGAGGCACACUCGGAGUCGUGGCUGGCAGGGGGGGGGUGGGUAAAAGACCUGCUGCCUUCACUGGAUACAUUAUGUGUAUAAUUACCCUUGGACGAUUCCCUUUUGAUGUGCUUGGA